UGUGUUGUUUAGUGUGCCAUUGACGCUGAAUGCUGACGGUUCGUCGUCGUCGUAGUUGCUGUCGUUGUCGUUGGCGUCGCAUUUCCGUUGCCGUUAAAACGCGUCGCUAUAUAUGUAUCAUAUAUAAAUAAAAUAAAAUACAUGAAGCGUGUGAAUUGGGCUUAAAUCAAAGGUGUCUCUGUCAAUGGUGUUAAAUGCGAAUGUUAAUGAGAUUAAACACUGCGUUCUUUUCUAUUACCAUCAUUUGUGCUGAUUUCUAGUUUUUCUAGUACUCACAUUUCACUGUUGCAUUGUGUAAUCUGAUAAUCUGAAACGCCGAACGCGCCGCGUUCGCUGUUGCAUUUUUAAUGCAAUAACUAAAUUGCUAUUUACCGCAAUCGAUUUUCAUUGGCGGCCACCUGACGGCAAGCGAGCAAUGUCCUUUCUCUCGCCUCUGCUGCGCCUAGAGAACUUGUCCACGGAGCCUAUCAUGAGUCUGGAUCAUGUGCCCGAGGCUCAGCGCUACAACAAAGACAACAUUGUCGCCCAAUGGUGUGCUCCCAUCAAUGGCAAGAUGUAUCGCAUCGAACUGGAACACGGAACCACCAGUGGACGUCGCAUGAUUUGGGUCAAUGGUCGGGAGGUGCUCCGUCGUGAUUGGAUGUUCAAGCUGGUGGGCGAGGAUACGUUCAGCAUUGAACAGGCGCGCUGCAUUAUACGAGUGGAUCCUGCACCGGGUUUCAAGUACGAGUAUUUACUCUACAUAGAUGGAAAACCACAUGCCCAGUACACCGAGGAACUGACGCGUCAGUAUCGCCUUUGGCUGUACACUUGUGGCUCGAGUCAAACGGACGAAGCGGAUGCGCCUCAGGAAUAUCGCAUAAUGCUCAAGCUGGACACACUCAGUCUGUAUGUGAACGAUGAACUGCGUGAGGAGACGGCUGCAUUCGUGCACGGAGGCACGGACACGAGCUUUGUGCUCAACGAGACCAAGUUUGUGCUGCAAGCGCGAUCGAGUGGCAACAAGCAUGACGGGAUUGUGCACACACUGCUGGCCAAUGAUGAGUUGGUGCCCGAGGCAAAGAUUCAACAGAUUAUGCAGGAACCCGUCUCUAUAUUGCAGACGAACUGAACAAAGCGGACACAUUUGCAUUUGUUACUCAGAAUAUUAUUAGCAUAGAUUCUUAAUAAAAAACGGAAAACAUUUAAUAUAAAA